AUGAUUUUGAGAGAUGCUUUCGGCACCUAUCAACUUGCCCAAGUGGCUUGAAGAAAACUCUCAUCUUUUGCAGCCGCCCAUCAACAACUACUGCGUCUACAAUGAAGAAUUUAGCGUCAUGAUCGUCGGCGGCCCCAACGCCAGGACCGACUACCACAUCAACCUGACGCCCGAGUGGUUCUACCAGUACAAGGGCGCCAUGAUGCUCAAGGUCGUCGACGAGGGCAAGUUCCGCGACAUCAUCAUCCGCGAGGGCGACAUGUUUCUCCUCCCCGGCAACACACCCCACAACCCCGUCCGCUUCGCCAACACGGUCGGCGUCGUGCUUGAGCAGCGCCGACCCAAGGAUUCGCUUGAUCGCAUGCGAUGGUAUUGCGCCGAGUGCGGCGAGGUCGUGCAUGAGGCUGCGUUUCACUGCACUGACCUGGGUACUCAGAUCAAGGCUGCUGUUCAGGAUUUCAAGGGUGAUAAUGAUAAGAGGACUUGUGGCAAGUGUGGUACUUUGGCUGAUUGGGCGCCCAAGCCGGGGAGCAUCAAAGACCCCAAUCUGGAGUAGAUUGAAGGUGUCUAAGAGUGAUUGUAUCAAGAGUGAGUUAAAAGGUGUAUGGUAUGGCGGGCGUUGAUGUUGUGGUAGUAGCUGUUGCAGAAUGUCUGCCUCAUUAUAUUCUACAUUUUGGUGUCAUACUUUCUCAUACAUCUCAUCAACCAGUUCCUCAC